AGGCUGCAAAUAUCCGAGGAGCUGUUUAGCAGCUCAAACCGGAGCCGUGCGUCUGGCAGCGCAAGAAAUAAAUAUCGGCUCCACAGUUAACUUUAACAUGGCUUGGAGGUUGCUCGACGUCAACUCGUUCUGUCUGGUACGGUUACUGAGACUCGCGUUGCUUUGUCGGAAGAAGAAGAACGAUCCGUCGAAUACAGUUCGUGCUGUGUGUUUCUAUUGUCCAAGAACGAUCACCACAACACUGCUGGUUUUCUUUCUGAUUCUGCUGCCACUGCAGCUGUCCUUCGCGCUGGUCCGCCGGGAGCAGCUUGACAACGACACGACGGCACUGGUUCCUAGAAUAGUGGGCAGCGGAGCCACCUCUGAAGCUGAUGGGGCGACCACCGGCCUCCAGCCAGACAAGAGCAGGGAAAGAAGUAGCGGCGCUUCUGGUGACAUCAAUAAUUACAUCCAGACUGACGAGAGCGCAAAGAACGUUUUUAUUCGAUCUCCAUUUCCACGAUCUCGAUCCAAAGGCGCUGCUGAAGUGAAGACGAAGGCGGAGCAGACGGCAAAAAUAGGCGUUUUCCUCGACCACGAGGGAUCCGAAGGUGGUGGGUAUCGGUAUGACGGUACCAAUGAUGGUGGACGAACAACUACGAGAAGAGAAGACCAAGAGGCGAACGACCAUGAUCAGAGCAGCGGCCCCACGUCGAGGACGACCCUUCAUCUCUCACGACCCUCUCCUACAGCAACAACGUCUCCCGAAGUGCCAUCGGGGAAAGGUGGACAUGAAAUAAACACUACACCACGUCCUCGUGGUCGUCGACCAGAUGAUGGCACUGGACAUCACGACGUGAGGCAGGAAGACCGUAGUCUUACAACUACGAGAAAUGCAACAGCAACUCCAAGUGCUGCAACAAGUAGACCGAUAAGUAGUUCCACCAGUCUUCACCGCACUAGACCCGGACAGGUCACCAGAGUAGCGACAUCGGCGAGCCAAGUCGAUCAACAGGAUCUGGGCGCACUAGCGGGGGACGCACGCGAAUCUGCAUCUACUGCUUCACGGCAAGUCUAUGUGGACACGAAGGAAGUUCCAAUACACAUUGGUCCUUUCGGGCAGAUUACGCUGUGGAAAAUCUAACGUCAUCACGUUGAUCGCGAAUGCUUUGAAUUUGAUCCGUAGCCAUUUUGGCUCAAGGAUGAGAGAUUAUCCUUCGUUAUCGAAUUCUUUCUGCCUCCUACUCUCCGGAGGAAGCAAGAAUCUAUUUCAUCGUGGGGGGGGAGAGAGAAAGAAGAAGGGCUUUUUCUUUUCUGUUUUUCCCUUUUUCCUUCCCUGCCUGGGGACGGAAGUAUGAGAGCUGCCCGCCCAGAGAGACUCUUCAUGCUAUCGGCUCUCCGCUCUCACGGUGUUUUUCGCAGCAAAAUUAUUUUAUAAGUUUCAAAUUCAAAUCAUGACCGACGAUCACCGAAGAGACAGGCUCUACGCCGUCGCCCGAGAUUUCAUCAAAGGAGAGGGGAAGUACAAGGACACGCGCAUCACAGACCAGCAGGUGAUUUCUUUCCUGGACGAAUGGGCAGGGGGCAACGCGACGCUCUGGAAUAAAACAUCCACCCCCAUCCAAGACCAGUCGCCCGAGGAAGAAGAAGUGGACCAGUUCCUAAGCGGUUUCCAGACGCAAACACCGACGAUCCAGUACACCUACCAAAACCUCCCCCCAUUGCUACCGAACGCGAUGAUGGGGCCGGACAUGCAGGCGAACAUGAUGGCGCCAAACAUGUUCGGGAACCAGUUGAUGAUGCACAACAAGAUGGCGAACAGUAUGAUGCAGCACCAGUUCCUCGGGAUGCUACCAAUUUCCUCGUAGAUCUGGCGGAUGCAGUCAACAAGGGCAGCAUAUUCUGGCGCGACGGCCUGCCCUUCGCCAUCUCGAGGACCACCAAAGGAGGCUGGUGGCAACAGCACCAUGACGUAGUAACCACCAUCAGCGACGAGGAGAAACUACAGAUACGCACCCGCUUCGAGGAGAUGGAUUCGAAAUCAUCCAGCCAGAAGAUUACGGAACAGUUAGACCAGCGCUGCAUCCAGCCGCCGCUCAUAGAGGUCAAAAGCGAUGAGAAGAGGUUCCCUCUCACCCUCUUCGUCCUGAAUACCAGGGGCUUCCGAUCCGGAAAACCUGGCAAAGACUACCGCCCGGAACUGCUAGCGGCAGCAGAAGAGCUGUAUGGCGCCCGUGCCAUGCUGUUUCGCUGUUCUGAUUUUGGGCGCGUUUUUUUCGCGUCCCUUUUUGGGCGCCCCAAACCGCCAGAAACCAAGGCGGUGGGCGCCUCAGAAGGGCGCCCCUUUUGCCGGCUCCCCUGCGUCGUUUUACCCAGCGGCGAUCGAUAGAAUCCGCUGGCGAUUCGGUGCCGACACAGCCAAAGCCGCUUGAUAAUUGAAAAUAUUUUUUGUCAAAAAAGACUUCCGCCCGCUUGAAAACUGCCGGUCGUUUUGCGCGAUGCAUGGCAAGAAAACUCCCUGGUUAGAGCCGCUCGGUGACCUCAAGGCCGGGGCCGGCAAGAAAACGCCCACGCCCCGGCGGAAAAUCUAACGUCAUCACGUUGAUCGCGAAUGCUUUGAAUUUGAUCUGCAAGAGAGCGAACAUGCAGGCAAAAACGAAAUUCUUGAAAGUCGUGCAUGAUUUAUUUUCUAUUUUUCGUCCUGCAGCUGCAACAUAAUUUGAUGCUUUGAUACGAUUGUCAGUAUGAGUUGUAAGUAGAUGAAGUAGUAGUAAGCAGGUAUGCCUGCCGUGAUGCGAAGAUCGGCCUUUGGAAGAAUAGAUUUUCUAGUACAGGAUGCCAGUCACGCUUCAGUGGCGCCGAGACGAUAGCGUCGACAACGCCGCAAUUUGGUCCUCGAAAAGCUGCGAGGGCGCCGGCCGCUUUGCCCUGGGCCUAGCGUGCGGGCGCGCCAGCUUGAAUGUGGUUGACGGGGACUUGGGGCUCACCGCCUGCGCCCCAGACGCCGAGCAGUCAGGGGAUAAAGGGAAGUACACCGUUGGCCGCGUCGCCAGCGCAAACGACAAGGACGCGAUGGACUUUAUGUUCGGGGCCGGUUAUCGCGAGAAAAAAAUGUUUCAGUCUCAACUUGUAAUGCGCACAUUCACAUUCUUUCUCUUCCGCGACCGGCGAGACUCUUUCUGUCAUCAUUCUCGACGACAUGUUGCAAGAAAUGCAAAUGCGCAUCUCAUAUGUGUUUUCUACUUGUGCGUCUGAUAAGACAAAGGUUUUGUGCGAAGUAGGGUUGAGACCGCCGCGACAGCCUUUUUUCGUGAUGUUGGCGUGUGUGUGGCGGACGCGGUGAAAGAUGGUGGCAAAAUGACUUCCCCUUCCUCCUACCGAAAAACUUCGCAAACCGCACUCAGCGUCGAAAUGAACUGCCCGACGGGCACGGAGGUGGUCGGCGGCGGCUGCUACAUCUCGAGUUCCUCCAACUGUUAUCUGAAGGAGACGCGGCCGAAAGUAGAAGGGUGGAAAUGCCAACAGAUAUGUCCUUCUUCUAUCGAUACCAUGACGGCCGUGGCUAUUUGCGUCCGGUCCGAUUUUGGACGGUACGUUUUCAAGGAAGAGUUAACAACCAGUAACCCCCCAGGUCAUCCGGCAGGCGACGACACGUCAUGGUGGACCAGGACCGUUAGUUGUCCCAGGCACACCUACAUUAUCGGCGGCGGCUGCGCUAUUCUUCCGAACAAUAACGAUCCAGACAAUUUCCUCGCCGCGUCAUAUUUUGUCAAUGUGGAUUCGACAUCUUCGUCUUCGACUCCUGGUUUCAAGUGCACAUCCAAGAAGGUGACGUGGGAGGACGGGACGAACAACGCCUAUGCCCUCUGCGCCACCCCGAUCGCGACCUGCAGCGAGUGGCACGAUUCUACGAUAUUGGCGACGAAACUGCAGUGCGAGGCGGGGCAGACCUACGAUGUUUCGAAGGCCCUCACCCUCUGUAUGGCGUUCUCAACUGUUACAUUCUCAUACCGUUACAUGAUUUGUCAUGCAAAAUGAGCACCAACGUCCACACAGUGAAGCUGCCUCGCAUGACAAAUUUUGGAAGCGCUAAAGAGCAUGGGAAUCUGUGUCGAAUUUGUAAUGCAAGAGUUGCAAUUUCCGGCCUUUUCGUGUUGCUAUUCUUGCAUCACAAAUUCUCCGCGACCCGGUGGCCUGACCAUCUGCGGAAAGGUGCCCUAUGGGUUGCGUUUGUGGUUUCGGUCGGUUUAGCAUCACAAAUUCAUGUAACAGUUGAGAAUGUAACAAUUGAGAACCCCAUACUCUGCUCGGCGGCCGGAAAAACCUGCACCGCCGCGGACCGCCCCAGUAUCAAAUGUAAAAAUGUCUGGGUCUGAAAGAAUGCAACUUGUCACGCCAAAUCUGCAGCAUGCAAAAAUCUGUGUUGCAUGAUUACCAAAAGUCGUCCAGUUUUGACCAAGUCGGGAGGUAGUUUCUCAUGCAGGAUAGGCAUUGGAAAGCAAGGUCUCGCAGAAUCUGUCAUGCUAGGUCCUGCAUUCCAGACCUCAUGAGUCAUGGAAAAGCAGCAUGACAAAUCGCGCACUCUUCCAGACCCAGACAUUUUUACAGUUGAUACUCAGAUGCUGCAAGCAAGUCGAGUGCGUCUGCGACCACGGGACGCCGGUCGCCCUCGGGCACACGUCGUGUCCGGGCGACGGCCAGUCGCGCUGCACCGACUGCGCGGACGGGUACCAUCUGAACGAGGACAUGGUCUGCGUGGCCAACCAGUGCAUCUGCAUCCAUGGUCACGCGGUCGCGGCCGGCGCGGUAGCUUGUGACCAGGACGGCGCGGAGCGAUGCACCGAGGAUUGCAACGCGGGCUUUGAGCUGAACCCAGACUCCAAAGCGUGCGAGAAGAAGACGUGCACCUGCCCGCGCGGAACGGGCGCGGAGGGGGAAAAGUGUCCGGCCCAGGGCGCGCACGCCUGCAAGACGUGUGAGGACGGAUAUCUACUCCGAAACAACGACGCAGACAUACCAAUCUGUAAGAAGAAGUGCAGUUCGCUGGGUAGCAGUGCAUUGUCAACAGGAGCUGCGUCAGCCUCUGUCCUUUCCGCGGCAAGUUCAUUUUAUCACAAAGAAGGCAGGACGAGCCACAUGGCAAGAACACGGGGCACAGCACGACGGCCAGCUGCGUCAAGGCCACCUUCUCCAACGAGGCUAGAGGUCUUCGAGCGAGAGCGAGAUGAACGGCGCCCAGAUGAUGUAUUGCAACAAGCGGAGCAACAUGACUACAUUUUGACUCUUGGUCCACCUCCUGCAGACGACAAAGCUGCGGCCGGAGGCUCUGUUACCCCGUCUGCCCCCACCUCUGCUUCGGUUUCGGAGCGUCGGCUCCGGCGGGUGAGUCCCGCGAUAGGCCACGGGAACGAAGGACGAUAUGGUUUUGAUGCAGAUGAUGUGGUAGAAGUAGGCGAGGACACAAGCAGGAGCAAAAAUAUUCCCGAUACUCGCAUCAGCGCAGCGUCGUCCUUGACCACGUCGACGCCGACGGCCGAUGGUGCCAGUAGUACAAGCACUGCCACGAGAGUAGGAGAUGAUGAUGGUGCUGAUGUUGAUGUUGAUCCUGCUCAUAGUAUUCAUCUCACAUCGACGACACCCGGAGUUGUAGCACAAACUGAGACCACAAGCAAUAGAUCUUCCGGUCCGUCUUCGUUGUCCCGACUCGCCUCGUCCAGCAGCAACGCGAUGUUGACCUCCGCGAAGACCCAAACAGAGGCAGACAUAUGCGUGAACCGAACCGCCGAGCAAGUGAAAGAAGAGGAAGAGAGCGCGGGAGCGGACGAAACAACACUCACAGGCACCCAAGCCACGCAAGUUCUCCGUGAGUAUGACGAGGUGAAUGGGUAUCUCAGGGAAAUUCAAUACCGCUGUACUGUUGCGCUUAAUUUGUUUACUACAACACAGAAACUUAAUAAAAGUUAAACUACAGGUUGGUUUCGCAUGCAGCCCAGGCUUGUCUUCUGACACAGUUCGCUUUUUUUAAUGGAAGUUAAUGUCUAGUAUUUUGGAGCAACUUGUUGGGUUGCCAGCACUGCAGCCAAACAGAUUGUACUUCCGCCUCCGCGCCCUGGUAGGUACAAGCUAAGCACAGCGUCAGCGGAAUUUGUAUUGCAUAAAGGUCCCGAGGCGGAUAUUCCCACGUGCGCGUCGCAUGAGUGUGUGCCAGAGUAUCCAUUGCAAAAGAUUUGGAUGAGGCUAGAGGCGUAUUGUUUUGCAUAUAAAACAGAUCAUCAGACACGAAAUGCGAAUUAAGUUGUUAUCGUUCUACUUCGACGUCCCAGGUCAUGUACAGGUUGAGAGGCGACGGGGAAUAGAUUUGUCAUGCAGUAUUGUACGACUGCUCUCGCUGGCACGACGAUGCAACUUUUGCACGGGACACACAAAAGGAUGCGAUAACUUGCUGCAUGCUCUUGUGCGAGUCCCUGCUUCCGGUCGUGGAGAACUAUUGCUCGGUGGACGAAGAACUUCUUCUAGACCAGCCCUGCGAGCCGCACCGCGAAUGCACGAAGGAAAUCUGCUGCCUUCUCAAGCCGGUCGUGGCGGGAAAGAGUACAAGUGUAUGGAUGGCGGGAGAAUUUGUCCUCCGGAGGUUGAGUCAUUUGGACGAUUUUGGUCUGUCCAAUUUCUCGGGUACGAUAUAAUUCACCAUGUAUAGUAAAUGCUGUUGUAAGAACGCCACCAGCGUCACGUUCACGAAGAACAAGAAAUAUUUAUUCCACUUUCAAGAUGACCUUACUUGACUCAACUUGAAAAAAGACUCCGUUUCCGCUUGCAUACCGUUUGAACACGGCGGACGAGGGCAUGGCUAGUUUUGCUGGCUAUCAAAAGGAAAAAUCCCCCCUCCCCAUAUCGAAACGAAGUUUCUGAUGCUGGAUUUCCAUACACAAGUCAGAUUUGUCUUGCAGUAGAGGAAUGCUGGCAUAUGUCAAGCCUCAGUCGAGAGGUUUAGACGUAGGCGCCUAGCAUGACACACGUGUAUGCUCUAAGCCAAACAGCAUCACAAACCGCCUGCAAAAUGCGGAACGCUUUCUGGACUUGCCUUCUUGCAAGACAGACAGGAUUUGAGGUCACAAAUGCGCAUCACAAAUUUUCAGACGGAUACGUUUUCGAUAUGGGGAGGGGGGAUUUUUCUUCUUGAUACUGGCGUAGACACAACCAACAGCAUUCGCCUCCUCCUGGGGGUAAUCGCUCUGGGGGUAAUGGGUGUGUACUUUUACGGGGACGUUGUAGGAGGCGGCGGAGAUGGAGAUGGAGAACCGCCUCCCUAGAGCAGGAUUCUGUGGUGCCUGAUGGACUAGUGGUUCAUCUGUGCUCACGGCGAGGUACUAGAUGCGGCUGGUGGACAGCAAUCUCUCGAGCACAGGUUCGAUGAUUUGUCACAUCGUUGUGGUAGUACAACCACCGCCGUAGAUUUCGACAACUACUGCUGCAGAGUCCUCUAGCUAAUCGAUUUUAGAAGUAGAAACGAUGUACGUACGGAAGGGGCUUGUUUUCGAUGCUCUGAUACAUUGACCAAUGUUGAUACAGGUGAGUCAGAAUCCAUGGCGUGCUACGGAACAAGCAUGAUUUCCAUUUGCAUUUCAUUAUCAUUCACAUCCGUGUCUCUAGGAGAUAAAAAACACUUUGGCAAACAGUACCAAUUGGCAAUG